AUGGCUGACAACGUGUCGUCAAACUCGCCGAAUUGCACACAUCCCAACACAGUGGAGCUAUACGCGUACCCAACGCUUUAUUCUUUGUUUUUCAUAGUUGGAUUUCCAGCAAACUGUCUGUCGUUGUACGUGGCCUGGAUACUUAUGAGGAAAGGCAACAGUCUGGCGAUGUAUCUCAUCAAUCUGUCUGUCGGAGAUCUUCUCUAUAUCUUAACUUUACCUGUCUGGAUCAUUAUGGCACUCGGAUACCCAGUGAACGACUGUCUGUGCAGCAUUAUUGCGGUUGUUAUGUACAACAGCUUCUAUGUGGGUUCUGGGUUUCUGUGCUGCAUUUCUAUGGACCGAUAUUUAGCCAUAGCAUUUCCACUACAUUUCGAUAAGGUGCGAGAGGUGAGAACUGCGGCGCAGGUGAGCGCCGUCGUGUGGCUGCUGGAGAUCGUGCUUCAUUUUAGCCUUCGGGCCUACACAGGUGACAUCUGGUAUUUUUGUAGCCAUCGCAUUUGUGAUGCACGGAUACCCAUGAGCAGAAAAGUCGGACACGAGGCCAUAAUCCGAGCGGUCACAGGGUUCCUGAUUCCUGUUCUCAUUAUGACUUUCUGUUUCUUGGAGAUUAUCAGGGCGCUCCGCAAAAGCACAUCUACUGUUGUCAGUGAACGCAUGAAGAUUUGGUUUCUUCUCCUGUCUCUCCUCUUUAUUUAUCUGGUGUCUUUCACGCCGUUCCAGGUGGUGAUGUUCCUCAGGGGACUGCUGGAACCCGACAACUGCAGCGCUGCAAAAAAUAUGAAGGACCUUUACAUGGUGUUUGUGGCAACGACAACAAUUAAUAGCGUUUUGGAUCCCAUCAUUUACUGCCUCAUUAGUGAAAGUGCAAAAAUGGAAAUGAGAAAACUUUUUUCGAACUGUAAGAAACAAAUAAGCAGGAUGUCCAUGUCAAUAGUUAAACCCUGAGAUUACAGUAACAGUGGAAGCCUUGAUAUUUUUGUAUAAAACUAUUAUUUAAAAAUAUUAUUUAUUUAUACUCCAUGCCUACAAAUUAGUUUUAUUCUUAAACAAACUGCUUUUGAUAAAAAUGUCCAGCACAUAGUAAAAUGUACGAAUGUGGUCAUACAAAUUUGCCACCUCAUAAAAUACAUUCAAAGAUAGCGUUUUCUCAAUAUUUAGAUUUUUUGCACCCUCAGAUUUCAG